AUGGAAAUUGCGUAUUCGUACACAAAGAGGCGCUGUGACUUCGGCCGCCAGCCGCUGUUCUGCGAACAGGGACCCGAGCUGUGUGACAGCAUCGCUGUAAAUGUCGCAGAACAUAAACAAUAUAUCUUGCGUAAUCCCGUACACCAGCCCACUCAGAACACACCGUCUUUUUCAGAGGAUUAUAUCAAUACUAUUCGAGCUGAAUACACAACAACUGGCGCUAAUCAUGCUGAAGGAGGUUGGCCCAAGGAUGUCAAUGUCGUGGACCCAGAAGCUACUCAACGUUAUCGAAGAAAAAUUGAAAAAGAUGACAACUAUAUCCACUGCGUCAUGUCAUUGUCCUCGGGCAUGGAACAUUACGUUCUUCAAAAUAACGCCAUUGACAUGUAUGGUACGUACUAUGCAGAAAUGUUGACACAACCGCCUCUUGAGAAAAAUAGCUGUCGAACUGUUAAUGUUUAUCGCGAUGCGGCCGCCGGUGGUGGGCGACCUAUCAGCUCCAUAUGUUGGCAUCCAGAGGGCCACAGCUUUGCCGUAACUUAUGUGGACGUUGACUUUAAUCAUAGCGCACGAGCUCCCAUUGAAUCUUAUAUUUGGGACUUGGAAAAUGCAAACUACCCUGACAUUAUAAUUACUCCUCCCGCAGCACUGUUAGACCUACAGUUCAACCCCCGCGAUCACAACGUAUUAAUCGGUGGACUAAUGAACGGACAAGUAGGCGUGUGGGACAAGCGGCGUGGAGGAACUCCAACGGUCGCGUGCGCGCCACAUGUUGCGCAUAGGGAACUUGUGAAGAAUGUUUUAUAUAUAAACUCAAAAUCGGGCCAAGAGUUUUUCUCUGGUGGAUCAGACGGUGCUUGCAAAUGGUGGGAUAUCCGUAACAUGAGCGCCCCCACUGACGAAAUGAUCAUGGACGUUGUGAAGUCAUCCUUCGACGUACAAAGUAUGGCAACGGCCAAUGCUAUUAGCGUUCUUGAAUAUGAACCAACUAUACCCACACGUUUUAUGGUAGGCACUGAUAACGGCCUGGUAAUCGGGGGAAAUCGUAAAGGCAAAACACCUAUGGAGAAAUUACCCGCCAAGUACGAAGCGCAUAUUGGCCCGGUAUGGUCACUGGAGCGAAAUCCUGGCUUCUUAAAGAACUUCCUCACAGUAGGCGACUGGACGACUCGAGUGUGGAGCGAAGACUGCCGUGAGUCUGCAGUACUAUGGUCGCUGCCACACCGCCAUAAAAUAACUGCUGCAACCUGGAGCCCUACCAGAUUAUCGUUGAUGCUGGUUUUGCAAUGGAACGGAGUAUUGGCGACUUGGGAUCUGCUGCGGCGUCAGCACGAACCCGUGCUCACCAUGCAAGUGUGCGAGGAGCCCCUACUGCGCGUCCGUAUGCAUGAAGCCGGCACUUUGGCGGCGUGCGGAAGUCGGAAGGGAAAUAUUUACAUGAUCGAACUAUCCCAAAAUAUGGCUCAGUCUGACAAAAACGAUAAAAGCUUGUUAACCGCGAUGUUCGAACGUGAAAGCAAACGUGAACGCAUCUUGGAGGCUCGCAUGCGAGAGUUCCGUCUUAAGCUGCGACAGGCGGAGGAAGGAAGCCCGACUGUGGCCGCCUCCGAGCUGGAGCUGGCGGUGGGAGAUCGGGACCUUGCCGAGGCCGCCGCCGAGUACGCUCAGCUCGUCAAGAAAGAGCUCGCUACUUUCUAG